AUGAUGGCCGAUGACGAUGACCACCAUCCGAAUGAUCUCUCAAAUGAGACGCUAUCCACUCUGGUCGGAGGGUCCGGACGACUUUCGGCCCAUGAUUUUUCAAAUGGGCACCGCCCAUUUCCAAACCGUCGCCGCCUAGUCUCCGCCCCCACUAAUCCCAGAUGGUCGCCACCGUCGGCCGACGACCAGCGGCUCUAUCAAUACGUUUCAUCGAUUCGAAGCGAUGGUGAUAGUGAUAGCAAAUCACCAUCACCACCAUCAGCGAAAAUGCCCAAGAGACGAUUGCAGCCACGUGGAUCACCACCGGACAAUGACAAAAUUCAGCGAUUUGGCGAGAGUCCGAUUCCAGGCGGUGGCAUGAAUAUGUUUGGACAUGAUCUCGACGACCUAAUAAUGGACGAGCUGAUGACGAUGGACGAGGAGGAGCAACAGCACGGCCGCGGUGGCUCUUCCCGACCGAUGACCAUUGGUGGAGGUCCAAAAUCCAUGUCCAUGGCUCGCCCGAUUCCAGGAGCUAGCGAUCGCUCGCAAAAUGUGCACACCAGUAGUCCGAUACCGUGUCCAGGAGGCCUAUCUCAGAAUUAUAGACAGAUCGUUUCAAGUUCCGCGCCAACCGGCUCAAUCGAUAUCGAGAAAAUGUUGGGCGGAGUUCAGAAUGGCGGAGGGGGCGGAGCGUCCGGUGGAGGCUCGGGCGGCGGAAGCAAUGGAGAUCCGGAUGACUAUUACAGGGACCGUAGGAAGAAGGAUAUUCAUAAUAUGAUCGAACGCCGCCGACGGUACAACAUCAACGACCGAAUCAAGGAGUUGGGACAAAUGCUGCCAAAAAACACAUCUGAAGAAAUGAAGCUGAACAAAGGAACGAUUCUCAAAGCCUCGUGCGACUAUAUUCGAGUUCUUCAAAAAGACAGAGAACACGCUCUCAAGCAUCAACAGCACCAGAAAAAUCUCGAGGCGGCCGCCCAAAAGUACGCGGACCGUGUCAAAGAGCUCGAGGACAUGCUGGCACGUCAGGGCGUUCAGGUGCCACCAAAUCAUCUGCCACCGAUUCCAAAAUUUAUCGAUAGACCAAUUAAGCAGGAGCUGGAUGACACCUCGCCACCAAAUCACACACCAACCGGAUCAUUCAUCGUGAGUUUUCCUGAAAAUUACGCUGAAAAUGAGCAGACAUAG